AUGGCUUAUCAACUCGAUGAUGCGAAUAGGGACUUGGUGGAGAGUUAUGAACUCACACCGUCAGCGUGGUGUCUUGUGAAAGAGCAUGUCCCAACGUCGGAACUCCCAGAGAUCAGGGAAGUCCUCGGGGGUGCGUUGGUUGACUUGUGCACAGAGACGUACUCGGAGGUGGAGAUGUGGGUGCAGAUCUGGAGGGAGGUUUGCUGUAAACGGGGCGGUACCCCCAAACCCCCCCGGGCCACCCUGGCCGACCCCCCCGUGGUCAAAGAGCUGCUGAAGGCGGAGAUCCGGCUGCUGUUGCUCACGGUGCGAGAGAGAGCGGCCAGAGAGGGCAGGGACAGCAAUGCGGCCCUGUUUCAGUACAGUCCUGUGGUGGUAAGCUACGCAAUGCACAGCGGCGAGUCUGACGGCACGCAAGGCGGCAGCAGCCAAACCAAUGGGCAGGAAGACUACAGCAGGCCUCAGUCUGCCCAAAGCCAACAGGAAGUGAGGGCCUCCUCCAGACUCUCCUCCGGCUCCAGCUGCGAGGACGACAUCAAGGCCGUGAAACACAAACUGAACGUCACGCACAUCGACGAGGUCGUGGCCCACCUGAAAUCCGUGCUGACUGAAGAUUGUGAAGCUAUGAAGAGAGAAAUUCAGUUUUUGCAGGAGUGUGUGGAGCGGAAGUCCCGUAACCAUGGCGAAGACCCGGUGCAGGAGCCGACAGUGCUGGAGCUGAAAGAAGAGAGGAAACUCAUUCAGAUGGACCUGGCAAAGGACUCUCUGCACUGUCAUCCCACUGGCACAUCACCCGCAAAGAGCAGUGUGCAGGGAGGUCUCAGACUCUGCCGAAUGCCGGUUCUGCCGAGUCCCCCCCCGGCAGGAACGACUCGCCCCCCCGGCUCUACACUGCGCAGCCCCCGCCUCUGCCAGGAGUCUCCUCUCCGCUGCGGCAGCGAGUCACUGCGGAGGAACAGUGACACCAGCAGGCCAGCGCCUCUCCCGGAGAAAGACACUCUGCCUUCUGGUGGCUUUGCAGUAUCGGUGAUCACCAUGUCGGCAGGACCGGGCUGCCGCACAGACGCUGGACUCAGCCCUCACUCCGACGGGGUGGAUGCCGUACCCAGGGGCGGCUUCUGUCCCGAUGCAGAUGGGACGUCAAAUUCCAACCCCAGCCUGGUGAAACAGUCUGUCUACCAGCACCCUGUGACCAGCUGCAUCACACAGCCACGCCCUCCCGAGCGCACACACACCCACGAUGACGUCACUGUCCCCAGACUCAUACCUGCUCCACCUACAGUGCAGAAACCAGCCACCAGAGGGCAGUCUGUCACCAGACGCCUCCGUCUACCACAGGAGGCGCUGGUCAGCCCCACCUGA